AUGGUGCAAGUUUCCGACGGUGUCGACCAUACCCUCAUAUCCAACCUUGCUGCUCGUCUCCAUCGCCUGGUGGACGACGUAGAGCGAGUCUACACCAGCGGAUCUCGAAAUGUGCGCACUGUCUUGCGGCGACAGCAUAUCAACACCGUCCAUCCAACUUCGGCUCGGCCGCUGUGUCGACUUAUUGGCGAGGACCAACUGAUGAGAGCCCUCCGCCUGUUGUCAUUGAAACUAGCUCUGUUCACCCUGGCCCGGAUUUACGAUGAAUGUCACGUUGCUCUGUGUCGGGCGAUGGCGGCGGCCCGGAAAGGUGAUAUCCUUUACGAGGGCUUCACCCGAAAUCCAUGCGUUGAUCUCCGACCACUGGCCGGUGAAAUUGGUCUGCAUGAGGAGAUUGUGGAAGACCAAAUAACGCUCGAGACCACUUUUGACGAUGUGGCGCCGUUACGGGCGGUGUGGACGCCUGUCGUGCCGAUGUCCUUUGACAACCUGUCACAACUGCAUUCUCUUUCAGAUCUUCUACCUGGCGAGCGGUGGAAAAGCCAGGAAUAUGCUGGAAUUGGUGGAGGUGGCGGGUCGGACAUUAUCAGUGCAAGUCUGCUGGGUCACUUAUUACGACGACAUAAAAAGCAGAUGGAUCUCCUGAUCUCGACGCGAACCUGGGCGACAGGAUCCCAGGGCAAAAAGGGAUCCAAAUUGGGGAUCAAGCGUGAGGUGUACAAUCACGGAGGAGCAGUGGAAGCGCAUGGGCGACCUGUGGCGGGAACUUUUCGCGUAAAAAACGACACUACCGCCGAGGGGCGCGAUCUCGAAGCAAUUCCCCUCCCAUAUCAUUCCCAAAUAUUUAUGGUGCUGGACCAGGGCGAGUCUAGUUCCCAGAUCUCCGAGGACGACAAGGCCGACCUCACAGAUCAACUUCAUGCCGUGCUGGAUCAGGCCAAGCGUCCCAUAGAGACUGUUCUCAUAGUAGACACAGGCGGGGACGUUUUCGGGGCUGAUUCGAACGGCGCGGCAACGCCGGACCAAGACUAUCGGGUUCAGAAAGCAAUCACCCCUCUGUCCCCCGAGUACAAUCUCGUGACGGCGGUGGUGGCGCCCGGUGUCGACGCUCCAAAUGAUGCGCCGCAAAAGGCCUCGAAAGCCGGCGGCAUGGUGUAUAAGCCCACGAAAGAUGAGAAGCUGAUGCUUCUUGAUCUGCUCGCGACUAAAUAUAGAAUGGACGGUUCAGACCCCAGCAGAUUCGGGAAGACAACACUCGCGUUGCAGGCCCGACUACGGGGAUUGGUCGGGUGGACUUCCUUGGAUCUGCCGCCCUAUGUCAUUGACACAUGGGAGAAUCCCUGGAAUAGCUUCGUGUACAUUCGGGAGUGCAUGAGCGAUAUCAUUUUGAUGCCCACGCCAGAGUUGCUGCCGUUGAUUGAGCCGGCAAAGAAAAAGGGGAGCUUAUGA